GAUUGGAGGAUUUGCAGACCAUAAUUUGAUACGCAGUCAUCGCAUGCAGAAUUAAGGUGCAUAUAAUAAUGUUUUCCAGUCAUUUAAAUGAAACAAAUCACAUACAAAACCAUUUAUAUUCUGUGUUUUUGCUGUUUUGAAAAGUAAAAUAGUUUGAUUGGAAUCUGUCAGUGAUUUUUACAGCAAGAAAUUUUGUUUUAAGAGGGACAAAUAUCUGAAGUGACUCUAUUUACAGCAGUUUCCAGUAUAUGUUGUUACAUUACAUUUAUAAUAGCAGUCAACAGUUUUUCUGUAUUAAAUUUAGAGGGAAUGAGAGCUGCUGCUUCUGUAUGUCCUCUAUUGUCGAGUCAGGUCUUUAUAAUAAACCUAUUCAGGUUGUAAUAGUUUGUUUAGGUUAAAAACUCUCGAUAGAAUAUUAUAGGAGGUAGUGAAGAGUUGCUCACUUUAUCAAACUGCUGUUAGAUUUUAACUGGCUAAUAUUGAACAAUAAAGUCGGUUACAUAAAAACACCACUAUACGAAAACAAACACUACACGAGAGCUCAUUUUAUCAGUUUAGAUGUGAUGUUAGUCGUGUUUUGACUUUCACUUUCGAUCUGAACUAAAUCUCAAACAAUUUUGAGGGAGAAAAAGCAGCCAAGUAAAAAUCACUUGUUUCCUGUUGCAGAUUAUGAGGAAGGUUUAACUGAACCUCCACUUUAAUUAAAGAAAAAUCUGCCGUACAUUUAUAAACUCGAAUAUUAUUUUGGCAUCAAGAUUGGUGUGAGGCACAUCCGGGUACGCCGCAUCUAGUUGACGUAAUUAAUAUUCAUGAGGCAAGUCUGCGCUAGUGUUUAAAAAGCACGCAGGUAUCGUCAGACAGGCAGUUAAUAACGGUCUUCUGAAUGAGGUGUUUCGACAACUUGUGAAAUCAACUCAUCUCCUGCCUACAUAUUUCCAUCUGAAACUCUCUGAAACACUGGUUUACUCAUUAAAUAAGUCGGUCUGUAAAGAUUUGAGUCAGAUUAAAAGCAAUAUUGUAAGGUCAGGAAUUUUAAAUAGGUCAAGCUCGUCAGUUCCUCAAACAGCGUGAGAAUGGUGAACUGCGGUCUUCUGACAGGGUUGAAUGAGCCAGUUCCUCUGAAGAGCAUCUCAGUGGAGGUUCGGGUUCAGGAUCAUGUCGCCUCAGUCUCCUCCACUCUGCAGUAUGUGAAUGAGGAGCAGCGCCCCCUGGAGGCCUUGUUCGUCUUCCCUCUGCCUGCUGAUGCUGCUGUCUGCCACUUCAGUGCCAAGAUCGGAGAGCAGGAGAUUGUGGCAGAACUGCAAGACAAGGAGACAGCGAAGGAUCAGUAUGAUGAUGCUGUGAGUUCAGGACAGCAGGCGUUUCUGUUGGAAGAGAGCGCAGAGAGUCCUGAUGUGUUCAGACUGAGUGUCGGGUGUCUGUCGCCGGGUCAGAACGCUGCCGUCACCAUCAUCUACAUUACUGAGCUCGCUGUGCAGGCCGACCAAUCACUGCGCUUCUGUCUGCCGGCUGUUCUCAACCCCAGAUACACACCAGCAGGUUCAGAUGCUGGUAUAGUGUCAGAGAUUUCAUCAGUAUGUGGAGCAGUUCCCUACUCUCUGACUCUCAGUGUCCACGUGAGCUCUCCAAAACCCAUCUCCAAACUAGAGUCCAACUGCACUCUGGAUCCUCUCGUGUUCCUCUGCUCUGACCACACUCAGGCUACGGUGAAUCUGAGUCCUGGUCACAUGUUUGAUAGGGAUGUUGAGCUGUUCCUGUACUAUCAGGACACCCAUCAGCCCUCUGCUGUAGUGGAGGCAGGAGUGGCCACUGCACCGUCAGGCUCUCUAAUGAGAAACCCUGUGGUCAUGAUUACUUUGUAUCCUGAGUUCCCAGAGGAAGUGAUGUCAUCAAUGGCAACUCAAGGCGAGUUUGUUUUUGUGAUGGACAGAUCAGGCAGUAUGGACGGCAUGAUGCAUCGUGGAAAAGAAGCACAGCACCGCAUUGAAAGUGCAAAGGACACUCUGCUCUUACUGUUGAAGAGUCUGCCCAUGGGAUGCUACUUCAACAUCUAUGGAUUUGGAUCUGAGUUUGAGUCUUUCUUCCCUAAAAGUGUUGAGUACAGUCAGGACACAAUGGAUCAGGCUCUUAAAAGAGUCAUGGAAAUGCGAGCAGACAUGUGCGGCACAGAGAUUUUACAGCCUCUAACACACAUCUACAGUCAGCCCUGCAUCCCUGAACACCCCAGACAGCUGUUCAUCUUCACUGAUGGAGAAGUAGGAAACACUAAAGAGGUGCUGGAUCUGGUGAAAAGUCAUGCUCACUCUCACAGGUGUUUCUCAUUCGGAAUUGGUGAAGGUGCGAGCACCGCCCUCAUCACAGGAUUGGCCAGAGAGGGUUCAGGUCAUGCUCAGUUCAUCACAGGCAGAGAGCGCAUGCAGCCCAAAGCGAUGGAGUCCCUCAGGUUUGCUCUUCAGCCCGCUGUGUCUAAUAUCUCUGUGGAUUGGACACUUCCAGAAGGUGUUACUGCUGAAACAGUUUCUCCACCCAUUGAUGUGCUCUUCCAGGGUCAAAGGACUCUCAUUUAUGCCCAACUUAAAGGAAAGAGUUUAGGAGGCUCUGAGGGAUCAGUGACAGUCAAAUACAACCUGAACAGUCAACCAGUGUCAAACCAGCUGCACUUCUGCAUCAAACCAACUGAGGAAACAGGGUUGGUCGUCCACCGGCUGGCAGCUCGAACCAUAAUCCGUUCUCUAGAGCAAAAGGAGAGAUCUAGUGCUGAAAGUAAGAGUCUCAGGAGCUCAAUAGUGGAGCUCAGUGUUCAGGCAGGAGUGAGCAGUGUUCAUACAGCCUUCAUUGGCAUUAAUAAAGACACCAAACAGACUGUGAAAGGACCCCUGCAGCGGAGAAGAGUGCCGACAUACGAUUAUUUUGAAGACCUAAAAUGUGCACGUUUUUUGCCACCACGAGGUAAAUGCCACCUUAGUGUGAUAGUUUUAUGA